CGUCCACCGCGAGGGGGCUCGAAGUAGUCAUGGAGACGGCAACGCGGCUAGGAAAAACAAGUGUCUGCUCUUGAAACAUGUACCGUAACUUUUCCCGUCCCCAUUCGCGCAAGAGAUGACUCCGAUCACGCGCAAACGGCAAUUCUUAAGUCGAAAAUUAUCACCGACUGUCUUUACAAUUGGAUAACCAUGGAUGUAGGCUAGGUUUUCGCUUUCCUCGUACGAUGAGUUUCGGUUUGGGUACACAAUGCGCCGAGCCCGAAGGAACCCAUGAGAAGAUGUGAGACCGGUUUAAGAUCGUCGGUAUGGCCUUUGAAUGGGACGCUUUUGCAAGAGAGUACUACUGGGUGAUUCUGCUCGCCAUCUUUGCCUUGCUUGCACUGGCUGCCAUUGCUGUGUGGGCUAUACUCAGAUGCAAGUACCCGCAAUACGAAUACGCCGCCCUGGACAACGAAAGUAGCUUCAUCUCGGAUCGGCUUGAACUGAGUCGCAAGUUCCACGGUGACAUUGACCGUAACGAAGCUCUUAUCAACUGCCAGUACUACCUACGUGGGUCGACCCGCUAUUUCCUCCGCUACCAACUUUGCAACAUCGGGAGCCGCAUGGACCGACACUGGUUUGUGGUGCGGGACGGAGCCACGCGGACAGAGCGUCUGCUCACGGUGACGGCGCUUCCAGAUGCCUGUCCACUGCGCCACUCGCCCUGCCAGGUGCGACCCGGCCUGCAAGAGAUCUUUCUAGACCUGCAACACCCGUACGUUCACCCCGUGCUCGACAUCGACAUCAAGGUGCUCGCCGAGCGGCCUCAUGUGGUGGUGGUGUCGCCGCUCAAUGACGUGGGCUCCCUCAAGGACCUCAUCUACCACAGCAAGUACAACGAGGACUGGCAAGAAAAGUACCGCCGCCAGGGCACGGGGCUGCCCACGGAGCAGGUUCAGCGGCUCGCCCGGCAGAUGGUCGAAGGCCUGCUUUUCCUCCGUGAGAAGGACUUCCCGGCCUUCUACAACCUGCACCUGGGCAACGUCAUCCUGCAGAACGGCGUCGCCAGGCUAACGGGCCUGGAGAACGUGCUGCUGGGUUACGUGCCACGCGUCUCCGCAUUCAUCCGCAAGCGCAUCUGCGACGACCGGGAGAUCGUCGACGCCGUCUGCUUUGGUCACGCAUUGUUCGAAAUGGCCGCUGGCUAUGAAAUGUCGACGACGAAACCAACGGACAAAAACUUUGCCGACGUGGAGCAUUGUCCCGAAGUCUACCAGGUCUUGAGGUUCAUCUUUGAGAACGAGGGCAACCAUACUCCGACACUAGAAGAGGUGGCGAGCUUGGACUUCUUCCGCAACAUCGAUCUUCGUGAGCUUACCACACACACCGUCCCCCCCAUCCUCAAGACCUCUCUGAGCUCGACAGCCAAGCACUUACUGAGGGACGUCCAGAGGUUUUACAGAAACAAGGGGAAGCUCAAGACAUCUAGGUCAAUCUCGGUGUCCUCGUGCGACGGCGGCGAGUCUUCUGACAGCGAAAAAGCAGAGCUCCUGCCCCGUGGGGUGCGCUCCAAGAGGCGUGGCGGGGCGGGGCCCUCCUCCAAGGGCACCCUGACCCUCACGAAGCCUCACCCACCCCUGCCGACCUCGUCCGAGCUGCUGCACCCACCCGCAGGCUGCGCCUCUUCAUCGUCCCCGCCCCCCGAGUUCUCCUCCUCCCCACCGCAGGCCGAAACCCCCUGCCCCGAGGUCGAAACACCUCCUCUCCGGGCCGGGACCCCACCCCCGCACUCGACGACCCCGCCCACCAACUCCACGAGCCCGCCUUCCAAGGCCUCAGUGACUCCGCCCCGGAGGAUGGAGACCCCACCCACGAACUCAACGAGCCCACCCUCCAAGGCGUCCGAGACUCCACCCCCCGAAGUGCCUCCGCGGCCGUCCGAGGUGGCGACGCCGACGUGGGUCCAAUCGCAGUCUAGUGUGAGCACGUGUGGAUCGACGGACUACUGCACGCCGCCUUCCAGCCCCCAGGUGGAGGGGGCGGAGCGAAGUUGCGCGGACCGCGUCACGUGAUCCUGCGACUUUUGACGCGGCAAUAGGUCACGCCUCUUUGUUGUUUUCAUUCUUGGAGUUGUGACAAUUGCUGCAAAACAUGCAAAUUCCAGUAUAGCAAGUCUGUUCCAACAUAAGAGCCAGAAGAGAGGCUCUGCCUUCAAGUUCUCGAAAAAUGUGUUAUUUUUCGAGCGCACAAAAAAAACAGGACAUCCCUCUGUUUUUUUUUUUGUUUUUAGAGGUGUCCGCAAAUAAGGCUGUGCCGAAUGCCUCAGAUCGUCUUAGUACAUUUAUGUUAAACUAAGCAUUUUUUCUUUUUUUUUUAAGCGCGGAAUUUUUGCUACAGUUCUUACGUUGAAACACACUAUAGAGAAGAGAAAGUGUUGCAUCUUCGUUGCACGUCUGAACUUGGUGCAGUAUAUUGCAGGCAGGUUUGUCAGGAAGUCUUGCUAAUAGGUGCAAGGAAAGGUCACGAAAUUUAGACAGUUUUGAGGGAUUCGUCUGACUGUGUUGGUCGUGCUGUGGGUGACCUGUAAUUGGUGGGUGUGGCCAACCUUUUCUGUCCUCGAUUUCGAUUGGCUUGUUGUGUCUUCCUGCAGCGAAAGCUGCAAUUGGAUUGGUUAUUGUAUGAGUGGACCCAAGAAUGGUUGUGUCCCGCUAUUCCUGGUUGCCGCUGACUACGCUAGUUGUUUUUUUUGCACAAAAGGGGAACUUACAGAGCAGUUGCCAGAAUUCUGAAAGUUACCCGUUUAUCUGAUGGCAGCUCAUUCAGUUGUCUUGGUUAGCUAUUGUGGUUGUAGUCUGUUGGGUGACAAUUUAGCACUUGGAUACACGGACGAUAAAGAGCACAUUUAGUAGGUGCAUGGCGUAUGUUUGAGAUUUUGAAAGAAAACCUGUAGCCAAGAAGUCAGCAAGUGUACUAGUCAAUCACCCCAUCACAGUGUCAAUGUAUUUUUCCUUUUCUUUCCUUACAUAAGUUCGAUGAUUAGAAGAAAUGUCAGAGGUUGUUCUGGCUUUUAAUUGUUGUUUGUGAGGAAUUCAUUUUUUAGACUGUUCUUGCAUGUCGACCAAUGCCAUGAAAACGGUAGAUUAAUUUUUGGCGAACUACUUCACGAAUGCCCCUUUCCUUACCACAAUUAACAGACCCACAGUCACAAACCAAGUCAUAAUAUGGUGCAGGCAGAAUUGACAUGGAAGACAGAAUGCAAUUAGUUCUGGGAAAUGCAUAAUCCUUCAUUUCCCGUCGAGUUUGAAUGCAAAGUGUUAAUUCCCUUACGAAACUGAAUGUGUGGAACUCUAAAUGCCUCGAUUCCAUAGAAAACAGUUGUGAUCCAUUUCACGAAAAUUUUUGUAGAUAUGCAUAGUCAGGAUACUGUUUCAAGCCUAACGCUUCAUCACUUGUACCACGGUUAUAUGUACAGACGUUUAUAUCAACCGAGUCACCCACCUCGCAGUGGGUGGGGACGUAACCCGCAACAUAUGUAAUCCAAUUUUACACGUUUUUAAAAAUUUUUUUUGGAGCACACUUAGAUUUUGAUAAAAAAUAACGACAGUUUUUCUCGGGAGCUGGCAAGGUUUGGUCGAAAAUUGACACCUGUCUUCGUAAAUAUUUUGUAAAUACGGGCCGUUCGCAAAUGUGCGACAACUCGAUAUAAUUGCUCAUGUGGACAAUGAGCCUCAAUUUUGUACGGAAGGAACCUCCGACUUUUUUCUCUCCUGUUAUGAAUCUCGGAAAGUUACUACACGCUCGAUGUCAGCAACGUCUACUCUUUUGCUGAAUCCAAGCUCUCCUCUCUAUACACUCCCGGCAAUGUACUAAUGCGUUUUUUUGCUGAAUUGCUUCUUUUAUGCUGUACUCUCUCAUUCCGCAAAUGCCUGUGAUAUGUUUAUCGAAGUCAGUCACACUCUCGAGUGCCUUUUUACGAUGCACCCGCCGUCGCGAGGCUUUGUCUGGACUCUCACAUGAUCUUGGGAGCUUGCAAGUGUGAUAAGCUCAGAGUGCUUUGUUGUAGCAUAUUACGCUGCACAGCUUCAAUACCUUGGUCUAACUUUUCCUAUGCCUUGACACCAUGGGGCGUGACCAUCGGAGAUACGAGAGAAACGCUAUAGGAUUUGCGAUAACUGGCGUGGACUUGCACCCAAGAAAGGUAGCUAUUUGGAGGAUGCAGCUUUCCUUUAAACUUACGGUUCUAGUUGCCAUAGAUCAGAUGUUGUGCAACAAAAUAUGCAAACGGUGUUAUUUGUCUUGGUUGAGUGUCCCAUUCAGGUACUUUUGAAUAGAACACAAAAUAUUUAAAAUACCAAAUCGAAUAACUUUUAUGAAAAUUAUGAGGUUUAUUAAGGCUGGUUCACGCAACCCCGUUUUCUUACGCUAAAUUACUAAAACUUGCGUACAAGUCACUGGGACAUCUGUGCUUUGAUUCAGUGUGGCUACCAAUUCAAGGACAUAGCCUGGCGCACAACAUUUGACACACAAAUGUUUCGGUGACUUAUACGUAACAUAAGAGAAAAAGAAGGAGACUGGACUGUGUGAACCAACUUUUUAAAGGAUUUGCCGUUUGCAGUGGUUUCCAGCAUGAGCUUUUCUAAUUGAAAUGGUGCCCUUCAGCGGUUUUCGCAAUAUCAAAUAAGAUCUAUUCAGGACAAGUCACCGAACAAAAUGUGUUUUCACAAGUUCUGAUAAUACCAAGUCAUGCCUUUUAAACGCACACAUGAGGUCACAAGUCCUCUCUAUUACGAUUCUAAUAUUUUUUUAUAGAUUAGGAGCUUACAAUAAAAGCAAAAAAAUCAGUUUACAGUUGUGAUAUUCAAAUCACAUUAUGUAAAUGUUUUCAAUUUUCGAGACUUGGCAAAUACAAGUAACCAUUCCUUCACUUCCGACAUGUCACCAACCGAGCACCUCUGCCAUACUCGAAUAAUAAGUCCCAUUCCUAGUGUUACUUUCAAACAGCGAAAUAGAUCUUUUGUAAUAAAAAAAGAAUGAUGCUACAACUUUUUUUCUUUUGGAAAAAUAUCCACAUGCAAACAUGAUUGGGAAUAAGUGACCAAAUAAAUAUUAUUCAUAUUCUGAUCUUUCCACCACACUCUCACUCACUAGGGAAAACUAAUGACAGAGCAGUUGCCAGGUGUGCCACUUUUCCACAGUGCACUCGUGGCCGGGGGAAAAACCACACUCCACGAAGCUAAAAAUACAUUUAGAAGACUCCUCGCUAGUUCUGUGUGCAUGCUCGCCUGCAUCAUUAGCAGGUAGACCGAAUCUCCUGUGUCACCUUUCCCAUGGUGUUCUGGAGCUCCCUCAGCUUUUGGUUAGACGGUGCUCAUAUACUUGUCACAGAAUGUUCACAAAGUGAAUUAACUCUGGAAGAAAUUCAUGAGAGUCAAGUUGUAGCGCUUCACCUUAAAUGCCUGUCCUGCACAGUCCCUCGAAUGUGAUUGCAGGUGUUGCAGUGUUCUUACCCGACUGUGAUACUUAACGACUGCACAAACCGUAUAGCGAGUCAUGAUGAUUUCGACUAGUAGUCUUUUUCAUGGUGCAAUAAUUGUCACUUCCUUUUUUUUUUUUAACUCGUUAGUACCGAGGCAUCUCUCAAAGGUAACAAGAUUUUGUACCACUCUGGACACUGAGCCCAAAGUUGUGCUUUACCGUUUUCGUUUAUAUACAAAGAGUGUUUUUGGUAGCUUUGUACGCCGGUCGACGCAAUAACAGUUCGGCUAAGCUAGGUCCCUGGUAGAGUCACUUGAAUGGGUUUCUACUCAGUGUCGCCUAUUUCAUGCUGCAUUGUCGAGGCUAGCAUAACUUUUACAAUGCUGCAGUCCCGCAUUGCUACCAGAGCAUGUGGCUUGGACUGGAAGAGAUGUCGAACGAAGCCGGCCAGAUGCUCGCGUGAGUGACCGACAGCAUUGAGGCACUGCAGGAGCUAUGCUAGCCUCGACAGCGUAGCCGCGUAACACGAAGUAGUCGACGCCGAGCAUAGCUAUCUGUGAAUCUGAGAGCCACCUGGUGUCAAGUGUCUUGCAACUCAUGAGCAAGUGUUGGAGCAGCACAGAUUUUGUUGCACUCGCGCCGUUCGACCCUUACUGAAAUGCAGCUACUGGUUCACCAGAGAGCACAACUGUUUGCCUUAGUGCACAGCAGAAAAGCACACUGUAUCUGUACAAAACAUGCAGCGCCCCGUGAUGCUAGUGUGGCGAGUUCUUCCGUCUCUGCAGGGGCAAUUCGCAUCCGAGUCGUACACCACCAGACGGUGCCACAAGGCGCGUACGGCCCAUUUCAGUUAGCCAAUGCAAGUUUUUAAGAUCUGUCUUGUAACUGAAUCCACGAAAACCCUGUGCGAGCUUUGGACAACAAUUGUACCCCUUGCGCUUUUUACCGAAGCAAAAAGUACCGACCCACAAGUCUUCAGGCUUAGGGUAGUUUUCAUGCCUUCGAUUCGAGCGCAAGCACUACAGCUAGCUGGAGAGGUUUCACCCCAGGAUUCUUGACUGCCAUUUUGGUUUCUCUGAAGGAAGUGGCACUUAUCUGGGCGUUUAUGGCAGGUGUGCGAGUCAUUGAGAAUACAGAUGUCGGCUUUCAAGUUGCGUGUUGGAGAUUAUUGGAUGGCCGGCAGUGGUACUCGGUAGAAAUUCCUGUACAACAGGUUGAUCUAUGAGACACUUUCCAUGCCCCUUUGGCAUUUGUCUAUGGGAAGGAAAAAAGCUUGUUCUAUACAAACUUCUAGAGACAGGAUAAUGUGCAAUAGGCACAAAAGGGGAAUCUAUUGGCAGUUUUCGUGGUCUCGACAUAGACAUACCGAGGCUACGUCGAACAUCAAAAGAAAUAAUGGUCAAACUUGUUGCAUAGCACAGUGCAGGUCGAGGCUAGCGCCAGUGUUUACGUCUCUUCUUGUCCUUGUUUUUUCGGCGCCUAUCUUCGAUCAUGAACCAACUGGCCCAAAUUGCCACCUUAAAGCUCAAUCUAACAUGGCGUUGCUCUGCUUUUGGAAACAGACGAGCAGAGCAUUUCACCAGCAUACCCUGCAAUGGUGACGGACGUUUUUGUGCAAACAACGUCGCACCGUUCCUUGCUUCUUAAAGUAUUAAGUUUCGUCGGUUGCAAUUUGUCGCCUUUUGAUGCACCAUGUGUUAUGGGGCUGGGUUUCAUAAAAAAAGUGACAAGUUUAAGAUAUGAUCUAGACAUGGAUUCAAAGAAGCAAGCGUGGUGCAAGAAUAGAGGGAUGCGCGCCUAUUGCACUCGUAAACGGGCAUGCUAGCCAAUGAGCAUCCAUCCAACCGCCGAGGAACCAAUGCCGCCUCAUUGUAACAGCUCGACGAUGCUUCGGAGGGCAUUCCUUUCGAUAUCCACAUACCUGCCACCCCAACUGCAUUUUUGACCCUGUACGCCGUACCUUACUUACUCUGUACUUGCAAAUGUCGAGCCACUCUUACAAUCACAGAUCUCGAGUGGUACACCCUCAAUCUUGGUAGGACACAUUCCGAUCCCCAACGGGCGCUCACUUUUGCGAAAGCGUGCUAGUCGACUUCUUUUUCCUUUUUCUCACCCUUGUACGAACAAUUUUUUUGUCAAUAAAAGGAGAAGAC